ACUUUCUGCAGCUCUAGUAUUUCUGCCUUUGCUCCUCUGCACCUCUCUCUCCCUGUGUGCAGACCUGCAGUGUAUAAAAGCCUUUCUGAUGAGGCUGCUGCUCUGCAGAGGAAGACUAAAGGAUCCAGAGGAACCAGAAAAGAGUUUGUCAUCUUCUAGCUGCCUUGAAAACCCAUAUUUAUCCAGUAACCAUGGCUAGAAACCUGCUAAGGAAUCCCUGUGGAAAUGAGCAACUGGAAUCCUGGGAGCUGACAGAAAACGGUGGGAACCACUGGAGAGUGGAGGACAUGCCAGGAGACUGUGGUCAUGACUUCUGCAAUGAAGAAGUGACCAAAUAUUUUGCGACUUCCUUUGAGCUUUGCCUAAAAAGGCAGGUGAUCGACCUGAUAGAGGAGGGUUACAGCCCAGAGCAGCUGGACGCUCAGCCUCCUGUCACAGUGAAAGACUGGUACUGUGGCAGGACCGACUGUGGCUGCAUCUAUCAGAUGACAACCUGUCUGCUGGAUGAGAAUCAAAAGGUUCUGCAGGAAUAUAUUCAUGAUCCAGAGACUCUGGACCCCGAGGCAGACUCCUCAUGGAGACAGGUCACUCAUACAUUUAAUGACUACGGACCUGGAAUGCGUUUCAUCUCAUUUGAACAUGGAGGACGUGACAGCAGUUACUGGGAAGGCUGGUUUGGGGUUCGGGUCACUGGGAGCUCUGUGACGCUUGACGUCUGAACCAGAGGAGAAACAAGAGGAGAAGAAUGGAAACAAAUAUAGCCAAGAAUAAAACAUAAAAUUAUUAAUCUGAGUAUAUUUUAAAUACCGUAGCUAUUGCAGUAUUUUAAAGGUAGCUAUUUGAAAUCUUUGCUGCUUUUGGUCCAAGAAACUAACGUUCACACAAAUAGGCACCUUCACUUUGCUAACCUUUGUAUAUUCAACCCUCUGCUUGCUGGACUAACCUUAAAUUAGCCUCUUAGUACUCUUUGCACUAAUCAGCAAUCCUUCAAAUAUUAAUCACAGAAAUAAAAUAAACUAUUGUGUGCAAUCCAGAA